AGGCUGUGAGGAGCGUCUGUCCAGCAGAAAGCGCUCUGACUCGGAGCGGUCCGCCUGCAGGUCGCGGCUGAGCGCAGUUCCUGCGACCCUAAGCGCCCGGAAUGGGCCACUCCUUACGCGCGGCUGCCCUCCUGGCGUUGGUGGUCCUGUCUGUUCUGGUGUCACUCCUCAUUACGAGCCUGAAGCAGUUUGGAUCGGGAUCAACGCGCUUAUCCAACUCCACAGAUCAGGAGGGUUUGGCGUCGCUGCGCAGCGCGCUGGAUCUCCACCUCAGGGAAAGAAGGAAAGAAAUCCUCCCUCUGCUCCUACAUCCUGAUGGCGAUACGGACAGAGUGUUGGAAGAAGUUCUAGAGCAGAACUAUGGUUUGGACUCCAGUCUGUGGAAUGAGGUGUCUGGUUCUGGGAAGGCGCACCGGGAUCCUAUGGGCUGUGAGUCUCUCCUGGACGUUCGGGCUGUGGAGGUUCUGGGCUCUGGAUACACCAAGCUGGUUGUGAAGGCGAAUCUGGCCGGAGGUCAGUCCGUGGCGCUGAAGCUGGUCAACGAGCAGGGCAUCGACAUGAGCAAGUGUUUGGAGGAUUUCAAAGACCUGCAGGGCUGCAGGGAGCUGGUCUCCUACAAGCUGCAGAAAGAAAUGCUCCUGCUGCAGAGGCUGCGCCAUCCCAACGUCAUCCAGCUUAAGGGCCACUGUUCAGGACUCCAGGGUGGAGAGGGAGUGGAAGGAGGAAGAGUCACAGUCAUUAUGGAGCAAGGCACGCCUCUCCAGAUGAUCCAGCUGCUCCAGACUCCUUGGGAGGACAGAUUCAGGGUGUGUCUGGAUCUGGUCCGGCUCCUGCAUUUCCUCUCCUGGUCUCCUCUGGGCUCCGUGGGGCUGCUGGACUUCCAGCCUCGGCAGUUCGUCAUUGUGUCCGGCCAGCUGAAGCUCACCGAUCUGGACGACGUCAGCACGGAAGAACCCGCCUGUCGGACGGACGCCGACUGCGUGCUCCAGUUUCCGCACAGAAACUUCACCCUGCCCUGCUCGUCUCAGGGUGUGUGCGAGGGCCUAAACGAGAAGAGGAACAUUUAUAAUGCCUACAGGUUUUUUUUCACCUACCUGCUGCCCCACCAGGCCCCACCCGGCCUCACACACCUGGUAGACCACAUCAUGAACUCCACAGGGGAGCUGAAAGCCAACAUCAAUCAAACUCUGGAGGCCUUUGAACGCAUCCUCCUCCUAUACAAAUCAGGCAUUCACCUGGACAACCUGCAUCCUUCAAUACUGAGAGAUUACAGCGUGAUGCGAGACAUGAGCACCUCUGGGAAUGUGGAGUACCGCUGCUGGCCAUCCUACAGCCAGCAGGGCUGCGUGCUGUCCGUCCACAGCGCCAGAGAGGCGGCAUACAUCUGUAACUCCCACUCUCAUUGCAGCAGCUUCACUCUGACCGGACAGAAGACGUGGACAGGCCGACUCCUCGCUUCAUUCAGGAGCAGCUUUGGCCACCUGGUGCCUGAAGGAGGCUCGGAGGUCUAUUUGAAGAAAAGCAAAGUUCCUCAACCGCCGUCGUCGUGACCUGAAACAAAGCAAUCACAGUGGAGCCAGAGCUUGCGUGAAAAGCAGCCCGUUAUAGGGAAUGAAGUAGGAGCGUCUCGUUUACGCAGAAGCCU